AUGGCUGACGACGAAUACAACGCUGAGGAGGCUGCCGAGCUCAAGAAGAGAAGACAGUUCCGCAAGUUCUCCUACAGGGGAGUUGAGCUCGAGCCUCUCCUCGACCUCUCUUCCGAUGAACUCCGCAAGCUCGUCCACGCCCGCGCCAGGCGUCGAAUCAACCGCGGCCUCAAGCGCAAGCCCAUGGGCCUGAUCAAGAAGCUCAGGAAGGCCAAGCAGGAGGCCAAGCCUAACGAGAAGCCCGACCUCGUCAAGACCCACCUCCGUGAUAUGAUUAUCGUCCCCGAGAUGAUUGGAAGCGUCAUCGGCAUUUACUCUGGCAAGGAAUUCAACCAGGUCGAGAUCAAGCCUGAGAUGGUUGGCCACUACCUCGGAGAGUUCUCCAUCUCUUACAAGCCUGUCAAGCACGGUCGCCCCGGUAUCGGUGCCACCCACUCUUCGCGUUUCAUUCCUCUCAAAUAA